UCUGGAACGCGCCUUGAGUAGACCAAGAAAACAGCUGUUGAUAUUAUGAGUCAUCAACCUCCAGUUUCCUGUAUUCCAAACACAGGCAAAAUGUCGAAAGCUAAAAAAGUUAUUGAAGAAGCGAAGGAAAAUAACAAUCCUGAAAUAGAUUUGGUUGAUAAAGGACUCUCUAGUUUGGACGAGAUACCUGGCUUGUUCAAUCUCGCCAACAUAACUCGCCUCUCCGUAAGCCACAACAAGAUCCAAAUAGUUCCGGCUGCUCUUGCAAACCUUGCAAACUUGGAAAUCCUGAAUCUUGCCAACAACUACAUCACUGAACUUCCUGUCAGUCUAUCUUCCCUGCCAAAGCUCCGUAUUCUCAAUGUAUCUCUUAACAGACUCAAUGGGUUACCGAGAGGGUUUGGUUCAUUCCCUGUUCUGGAAAUCCUGGACCUGACAUACAAUAAUCUAAAUGAGAAGAAUCUACCUGGAAAUUUCUUUAUCAUGGAUAGUCUCCGUGCAUUGUACCUCGGUGAUAAUGACUUUGAGUACUUGCCUGCUGAAAUUGGUAACUUGAAGAACUUACAAAUUCUAUCAAUGCGCGAAAACGAUUUGAUUGAAGUGCCUCGCGAGCUCGGUCAGCUGGCUCGCUUAAGGGAAUUGCAUCUACAAGGCAACAGGCUUGUUGUGUUACCACCUGAAAUUGGUUCUCUCGACUUGGCCAGCAACAAGUCAGUGUUGCGUUUAGAAGGCAACUUCUGGGUGCCACACAUUGAGGACCAGCUCAAGUUGGGACCCUCACACGUGCUCGAUUAUCUGCGCUCUGAGACCUACAAAGUCUUAUACAGUCGGCACAUGUCAGCAAAACCGGCCCCUCCGCCCCAGACGCUGGAUAAGAGCAAGAAAGCUAGCAGAGCUGCCUAGCUUCGCUAACUAUUUUUGUUAAGAGUGAUCUUCUGAUUAAUACUAAAUAAUAAUAAUUAAUUCAUGUGUGAUGUUUGGCUCUCAACAAAUGCGUGUAUGACAUGAAAGGUAUCGACGAAUUCAGGCAUUUGCUUAUGAAUAUAAUAAGAAGUAUUUAACUGUGUCUUUAUGCCAGUCAUCUGGCAUAAAAUAUAUUGAUUGACAAAAGUAUUUAAAAUCUAUUACUCUCUCACUCUCUUACUAUUAUUUUAUGGCAUGUUUAUAAAAUCAUAAGUAAUGUGCAUUGAUUUCUUAAUAUAAUAGAAUGAACAAAAUUGUUACUGAAAUCUCAAAUAUUGUCUAUUGUAACUGCCAUUAGUUUUACAUAGAAUAAAGUACUACAAAGUGCACUUACAAUCUUACAUAGAUACAUUUAUAUUAUUCUACACUAAUUAUGGUGCUAAUUUAUUAAUUUUGUACGUUGUGAUUGUAAUAAGU